UAACGACAAAAUGCUGAAAAAUCAACAUGUUUUUGCACUUCGUCAUAAACUAUUGUCAUCAGAGUGGCACAGUGUAAUUAAAUAUGAGACUGUAUGUGCUGAAAGAAAAAAUGGGUGGAAAAUAGCAGUAUUUGGCAGUUAAAUCCUGUUUUGUUUUGUUUUUUCUUUUUUGAGUUGUGUUUGGUUGGAGAUUUUGUGCAUCAGCGAGAUAGCUGAUUGAUACACAGUGGUCACAAACCCUCAGGUGUCUCAUUGCGAUAAUAUUAGAUAAAAGUGGGACACUUAUUUCAGUUUUUGGGGGGCAGUUUUGUGUUGCCUGGUAUUGAUCUAUGGUUUUAAAAAUCGAAGAGAUUUUUUUUAUGAAGAAAGACUUUAUUUUAUUGUGUGGGAGAUCGGAUGACUUCUCUUUAGAAAAAAAAAUAUUGCGUAAUUUCCUUGUUUAGUCAUGGAGUCAAGUGAAAAUGGAGAUAAAGGAUUGAACGGAGAAACAGUGAUUGGCAGUGGAGAUAAUGAGACUCAUGUGGAAGACACAGAGAGUUCCACUUUGUUAUCCACUUCCACACCUGGAAGUGGAGAGGAGGAGGGUGGAAAUUUAGUGCAUGGAAGUGGAGGGUUUAGGAGCAAAUUCCAGGUCACCCCAGCUAUUGUUGUUCAUGAGGUGGGAAUAGAUCAAAAUGGUAAACCAUACAAAGUGGAUAUUGAUGAUGAGCAUGAUGAUAAAGGUGAGGACACUUCCCGUAAUUUGGACAAUAAUCCCUUGGCAAGCAAUGAUGAACUGGAAUCUCCUUACUCACAGCAGAUGGAGCUGUAUGCAGAUGAUCUGCAUGAAAGAGGAAAAAUCUCUCAAAUUCUCAACCGCAUUGCCAAUUACCAAGGUGGUGUGGAACCCAAUAUCAGUGAAAAUUACAAGUCCAGACCAAAGACGGUAUGUGGAUCUGUAAAGCUGGGAACUCUAUUAGGGGUAUACCUCCCCACUAUACAAAACAUUUUUGGAGUGCUGCUGUUUAUUCGUAUGACAUGGAUUGUAGGGAUGGCUGGAGCAUUAGAGAGUCUGGGAAUAGUCAUUAUUUGUUGUUUUACAACUUUUCUGACUGCCAUAUCUAUGAGUGCCAUAGCAACCAAUGGUGUUGUACCAGCAGGUGGGUCGUACUUCAUGAUUUCUCGUGCCCUGGGGCCAGAGUUUGGGGGAGCUGUAGGGGUGCUAUUCUAUCUUGGAACCUCAGUGGCAUCUUCCAUGUAUAUUAUAGGAGCCGUGGAAAUUCUAGUGAAAUUUAUUGCACCUGUCUUGUCAAUUUUUGGAGAUGUAACCAUAGAGGCCAAUGCUUUCAAUGCCUACAGAAUAUAUGGCACUGUGAUACUUCUUAUCCUAGCUCUUAUCGUUUUUGUUGGGGUGCGAUUUGUCAGCAAGUUUGCAGCCCUUUCACUUGCUUGUGUCAUUCUGUCCAUUCUAUGUAUAUACAUUGGUAUAUUUGCUGCCACAAAGGAUGAUAAUGUUCGGAUAUGUUACCUUGGAGAUAGGCUGUUAACAAGUGACGUGGCGGAGACAAACGGAAGGUUUACAUGUAGUAAGGACAACUAUACAACACUGUAUGCUAAACAUUGCUUCAAUGAGACGUGUGAUGACUUCUUCAAUGAACAUGAAACUAGAGUGGUGGAUGGAAUUCCAGGGCUGGCCAGUGGUGUAUUUCAUGCCAAUCUACACAACCGUUACACAGAAGAGGGUAAAAUUAUUGGCACUGACAUGAAAGGUAACCGAGCCUAUGGAGAAAUCAUUGCUGACAUCACUUCCUCUUUUAUGGUUUUGUUGGCUAUUUAUUUCCCAUCAGUAACAGGUAUAAUGGCUGGUUCCAACAGGUCAGGAGAUCUGGCAGAUGCCUCCAAAUCAAUCCCAGCAGGAACCAUUGCUGCUAUUAGCACCACUUCUUUUGUUUAUUUUAGUUGCGUACUCUUCUUUGCUGGCACCAUUGAAGGGGAUUUGCUAAGAGAUAAAUUUGGAGAGAGUAUAAAUGGUGGUUUGGUUGUGGCGAAGUUGGCGUGGCCCACUGAGUGGGUGAUUCUGAUUGGGUCAUUUUUGUCUACCCUGGGAGCUGGACUUCAAAGUCUCACAGGAGCACCUCGUUUGUUACAAGCCAUCGCUAGUGAUGGAGUUAUCCCUUUCCUGAAUGUGUUUGGGGUAACCACUAAGAGAGGGGAGCCUUUCCGGGCUCUUCUAUUAACCGCCCUCAUAUCAGAGCUGGGAAUCCUUGUGGCCAACCUUGACAUGGUAGCACCCAUCAUCACCAUGUUCUUCCUGAUGUGUUAUGGAUUCGUCAACAUGGCGUGUGCUCUACAGACAUUACUGAGAACUCCCAGCUGGAGGCCCCGAUUCAAGUUCUACCACUGGAUUCUCUCCCUCAUUGGACUGGCACUAUGUGUGACUCUGAUGUUCAUAUCCAGUUGGUACUAUGCCCUGGUAGCCAUUGGUAUUGCUGUCUGUAUAUACAAAUACAUUGAAUACAAAGGCGCUGAGAAGGAGUGGGGAGACGGAAUUCGGGGUUUGGCUAUGUCUGCUGCUCGAUACUCCUUACUGCGGGUACAACAAGGAAUUCCCCAUACCAAGAACUGGAGACCACAGCUGCUGGUGUUAAUGAAGUUGGAAGAUGACUUGAGCCCCAAGUACCCACAGAUGGCGGCCUUUGCUAGUCAGCUCAAAGCAGGGAAAGGUUUGACUCUGGUGAAUUCUGUGAUUGAGGGGAAAUACAUGGAGCGAUAUGACGAUGCCCAGGUUGCCAAACAGAAAUUAAGCAGGACCAUUGAGCAAUUUGGAGUCAAGGGAUUUUCAGAUGUGUUAGUGAGUGAGAGUGUUUCUGUUGGAAUGUGCCAUAUGAUUCAGAAUGCUGGUUUGGGAGGUUUGCGACACAACACUGUGAUGAUUGGUUGGCCAUACGGAUGGAGACACGACCAUAAUGAGAGGAGCUAUAAAGUCUUUCUGGAUGCUGUGAAGAAUAUAAAUGCAGGACAAAUGGCAUUGCUGGCUGUAAAGGGAAUCAAUUUGUUUCCAUCAUCCAAUGAAAAACUCAAAGGAACCAUUGAUGUUUGGUGGAUUGUGCAUGAUGGAGGGAUGCUGAUGCUGUUGCCCUUCCUGCUGAAGCAACACAAGACCUGGAAACAUUGUAAACUCAGGGUCUUCACUGUGGCCCAACUUGAGGAUAACACUAUUCAAAUGAAGAAGGAUUUAGAAUUGUUUAUGUAUCAGCUUCGAAUAGAUGCAGAGGUCCAUGUGCUAGAAAUGAGUAACAGUGAUAUUUCUGCUUACACCUAUGAAAGAACACUAAUGAUGGAACAAAGAACAGAAAUGUUGAAACAGAUGAAAGGAAACAAAAAAGAGGUACAGUCCAUCAUUGACCAAUCUCAUGUGACUCCGGCUUCUCCCACCAAGAUAAAGCUGGAACCUGUUCAGGAGGAGAGCCAGGGACCAGAGAGUUCGACCGACGAAGAGAAAUUGGAAUCUCACCAGUACACCUUCACUCCUGGUGCAGCCAAACUCAGUUCCUCGACCAGCAACAACGGGAAAGCAGGAGAUUACCUCCAAAUCAAACCCGAUUCCAAAUUUAAUGGCAAUCUUAAUAAGAAACCUGACAAGAAAAAUAUACGACGUAUGCACACUGCUGUGAGGCUGAACGAGGUCAUCAUAGAGAAGUCACACGAGGCUCAGCUUGUCAUUCUAAACCUCCCAGCCCCUCCCAAGUCCGAGGCAGCGGAACUCAAUUUUAUGGAGUACCUUGAGGUGUUGACCGAGGGCUUAGACCGAGUGCUGAUGGUCAGAGGAUGUGGAAAUGAGGUCAUCACCAUCUACUCAUAAUACCGCCAGAAUAAAUCUUACAUUGGCAAAUCAAAGAGGGUGCAAAGUGGGGGAAAAGAUUACAUAUCUUCUUGUUAUGAACUGAAGAUAUAUGCAUAUGCAGAGACCAUCUGGAAGUAUUUUUGGAUGAUUUUGUUCAAAACAGAGAGGUAGAACUUUACUUAUUUUUAAACAAUAUGUGCAUGUUUUACAGAUACAGUAAUAUUAAAGCUUGUAUUUUUUUAAUUAUAUUUUUCAUCUGUAUGUGAUAAAGCAAUAAGGGCCAAAGGAUUUUUUUUUUUACA